GUUCCAGCUGCCCAGCGAGAGCCUCAACACGUCUCAUCAGUUGUACUCGUGAUACGGGUGCCACAAUUAUCUCUUAUCAAGCCCAAUAAGAGUGGCUUUCCCUUCUGUGUCUCAAGGUAAAGGGAAUGGUCUGAUGUUUGACAGUGUGCUUGCGCACGGCGGCUGCCGCAGAACCGCACGCUGAUGGACGCUUACCAUUGCACACGACCCGGGAAUAACGACACGCACUACGCGCAACGUGCCGCAGCUGUUGCUACAUAACUCCAGAGUACCCAACCAUUGUUCCAAGCUGGCAAGUGCUACUUGACACAGGUUUGCUAUGCCGGCAACAACAAGCACCCCGCCGGUGCGCACACCCUCCAACCGAUCGAAGACGACAAUGGUGAGCAACAGCGAUACGCCACGCAAGAGCGAGGAAGACCAGGAUGUCUCCAACGGCGCGAUAAUCGAUGUCGAAAAGGGUGGUGAGACGAAUGAUACCUCCAGCGGGCCUGUACCAGACAGGUUCUUCGUGGAAUUCGACGGCCCCAAUGACCCUGGGAACCCGAAGAACUGGACUCCAAUGCGCAGAUGGGCAAUCACGAUAUCGAUGGGAUCGAUGGUCUUCACUGUGACAUUCGCGAGUUCUAUCUUCAGUGUCAACAUCGGCGUUAUCGUGGACAUGUUUGACGUUGAUCUCGUCACGGCUACUCUCGGUGUCGCUCUCUUUGUCUUGGGCUUCGUAUUUGGACCGAUCGCGUUUGGACCCAUGUCAGAAGUUCUCGGGCGCAAACCUCCUCUCUUCUUCGGCUUUGCAUUGUUCGCCAUCUUCCAGAUCCCAGUAGCACUCGCACAGAACAUCGCGACGAUUUGCGUUGGCCGCUUCCUCGGUGGCUUCUUUGCCUCGGCACCUCUCGCUGUCGUUGGAGGAGCGCUUGCCGACCUCUGGGAUCCCAUUCCACGAGCUUACGCCAUCUGCGUCUUUGCAACUGGAGGGUUCGCGGGGCCCGUUGCUGGUCCUAUCGCAGGAGGAUUCAUCACGCAGUCGUACCUUGGUUGGAGGUGGACAUCUUGGAUCACGCUGAUCAUGGCUGGGCUGUUCGGCUGCAUCGGCUUCGUCGUCAUUCCUGAGACGUCAGCAGCGCGAAUCCUGCAGUUGCGAGCUGCCAAACUACGCAAAGAAACUGGCGACGCAUACCACUCCAAGGCUGACGAGCAGAAGCUGACGAUGCAUACUGUGGUCAAUGUUUAUCUUCUGAGGCCUUUCAUCAUGAUCAUCCAAGAGCCGAUUCUAGCGCUUGUGACAGCAUAUAUGAGCUUCUUGUAUGGCAUCGUAUACCUGCUGUUCGAGGCUUUCCCAGUAUCAUUCCAUAACGAACGCGGCUGGUCUCUCGGCGUCUCGCAGCUCCCCUUCGGCGCCUUUAUCGUCGGCAUCGUGAUUGGCGCUGGGGUCAUCGCUUACAGUACAGCAACCAACUUCACACGCUCAUUCAAGAAGCAUGGAAAGUCUAUACCAGAAGAGCGCUUACCUCCGAUGAUCGUGGGUGCAAUUGCGCUUCCUGUCGGAUUGUUCUGGUUUGCGUGGACGAGCAACCCGAACAUCACAUGGGUACCGCAGGUUCUUUCUGUAGCACUCAUCGGUAUGGGCUGCAUGGUACCUUUCUGGCAGGGUCUCAGCUACCUCAUUGAUUGCUACGGGUUCUACUCAAACAGUGCUAUUGCCGUCAACACCUUCAUUCGAUCGUUCGCUGGAGCUUUCUUUCCGCUGUUCACUCACGCAAUGUAUCGUAACUUAGGCGUGCCUUGGGCUACCACUCUGCUGGGUUUUCUGUGCGUUGCAUUUCUACCAGUGCCCAUACUGUUUUACAUAUACGGCGCAAAGAUAAGAGCGAAGAGCAAGUGGGCACCUACGGCGACGUAAAAAGUUGUAAAUAGUCUCAUUGCGGAUAGAGCAUAGCUGUGUGUCUAUACCAUCACAAGAUCAGCCAUAAGGGCAAGACCGUCAUAAGAUCAGCCAUGAGGGCAAGACCAUCUAGCUCCUCAAUUCGCCAGGCCUCAAGUUGACAAGAUUUGGUUCCAACUUUUUGCCCUCGUGGUACAUCUUGCAGUCUGAUUAUGGUGUUGUUUGUCCAAAUUCCUUGCCUUCGCAACACCGUCGUAGAUGUCGUCUCUUUGACUGGCGACGCAGCAC